AUGUACCCCAUUCCUCGACAUGCUGUUAAAUUCACCCAGAGAAUCCGCAACUCUGUUCUGCGUAAUCGUACCCUGACCCUCAUUGAAACCGCAACGGAGAAGCCCGACCUAGCGCAUUUCACCAUCGCCACCCUCAAGUAA